UUCUCUCGGUUUGGGCGAAGAAGUUGAAAUUCUAUGUUCUCUAUAUAAGAAGAGGAACAAUUGAGCUGAGCUGAAGCUCAACGCUCAGAAAUGGAGAAGCAAACAAAGUUAAGUAUCCAGAUUCUAAAGUUCCUUUCACAAGCUGCAGCGCCUGCGGUCACCUACAAAGGCUCGCCGGCAAGCCCCCGGCAUCCUGUUGUAUCGAUUAUUCCAAAAGAGGCUAGGAGAAAGCAGAGUGAAUCAAGCAGAUUCUCUCUAAAUGAACCUACUUCUCCAAAGGUUUCUUGCAUGGGACAAGUAAAAGGCAGGAACAAGAAAAAGAAGAAGAGCAAGCCAAAGGCUAAGCAGGUCAGCCCUCCACCACCGCCAGCACCAGCACAAGAGAGCACCAGUUUAGCUCUGUGUGUUCCCAAAGAGAAGACUUUCAAGGUUUAUAUGAUCCCAAAAGCUCUCAUAGACGAAGGUAAUACCAAGGAUGAUGCUACGGUUGCUACAAGCUCAUUAUCCAGAAAUAGUAGUGCUCCAGAAAGAGUGCCUUCAUUGGGUCAGAUGAAGAGGUUUGACAGCCGUAGUGUGCUAUCGGAUUUUGAUCUACUAAAGCUUGAUGAUGAUCGUCAUCGUUUGGAUAACUUGAAAAUUGGGUUAGCUGGGGAAGAAGAAGAUGAGGAGAAGAAGAAUAAGAAAGAAGUUUUGCUGUGGAAAAGAAGAAGCUUGUCUCCUCCUACGCCUCUUCAGUUGUGAAAUAUGCAUUUUUAAGUGUAUAUAAUUUCUAUUGUAAUUGGCCCUCCUUGGAUCAAGUUCUGUAAACCAGUAUUGCAUUAGAUUCAAUCUGUUCAUAUUCUGUUCUAUCCUACAUUCCUACGACACAAGGAACCUGAUAGGAUGUCACAAACAACGGAAAUGGUUUUCAGUGCUCCACCAUUUUGAAAUAUGUAUGAACUUUUCGACAUCAGAAGUAUAUGUUCAACAACUAGAAAUGUUCAUUGGAUUUGUUCUUAAGA